CGGGCAGAUUCAUCAGUUGGGAUCUGUCAAAGCGCAAUGACGUUUCGUUGAAGACGGUGGCUGCCGUGCGGAUCGCGAAGUCUAACGUAUUGUUAAAACAUUAAUUGCUUUCGAUUCUUUGGCGCUUAAAUUUGCGUCGCGGUCGCCAUGGCGGACGACGAAAAUAAUUGUGAGGAUAGUGCUGGUGAUUAUAAGGCGGGGGAGGGUCUUCGAUUGCGGGGCCGCAAAGGUGCCCUGAAAAAGAAGAAUGUUUACCUCGUAAAAGAUCAUAAAUUUAUGCCGAGGUUCUUCAAGCAGCCGACGUUCUGCUCGCACUGCAAGGAUUUUAUAUGGGGCUUCGGCAAACAGGGCUUCCAGUGUCAAGUAUGCAGCUUCGUGGUGCACAAGCGAUGUCACGAGUACGUGACGUUUACGUGCCCCGGCGCGGACAAAGGUGCCGAUUCCGACGACACGCGCACACGUCACAAUUUCCGCGUGUGCACGUACUCGUCACCAACGUUCUGCGACCACUGCGGCUCGCUGCUCUACGGCCUUCUACACCAAGGCCUCAAGUGUCAAGCAUGCGACAUGAACGUGCACAAGCGGUGCGAGGAGUCUGUACCCAACCUGUGCGGCUGCGACCACACCGAACGCCGCGGCCGCAUUCAGCUCUCCGUUUCCUGCCACGGCAACAAACUGCAUGUAGAAGUGAAACAAGGCCGCAAUUUGAUCCCUAUGGACCCCAAUGGCCUCUCGGACCCUUACGUGAAGCUGAAGCUGAUCCCGGACUCGGACAACGUGAAGAAAAAGACAAAGACUAUCAGGAGCACCCUCAACCCCGUGUGGAACGAGACUCUUACAUUUGAUCUCAAACCAGAGGAUAAAGAUCGUCGUCUUCUUCUUGAGAUAUGGGAUUGGGAUCGCACCUCCCGCAAUGACUUCAUGGGCUCCCUAUCAUUCGGGAUCUCGGAAGUAAUGAAGUCCCCAGCAGACGGAUGGUUCAAGCUGCUGACGGAGGAGGAAGGGGAGUUCUACAAUGUUCCCGUGCCGGAGGAAGGCGCCGACCUCGCGCAACUCAAGACCCAGAUGAAGGCGACUAACGUGGCGGCUCGCCGGCCGCCGCCACCGCCCGACCGCGAGGUGCCGCACAACAUGGCGGCCGCUGACGUUAUCCGCGCCUCAGAUUUCAACUUCAUCAUGGUGCUGGGCAAAGGAUCCUUCGGCAAGGUGAUGCUGGCGGAGCGGCGCGGCACGGACGAGCUGUAUGCAAUCAAGAUCCUAAAGAAGGACAUCAUCAUCCAGGAUGACGAUGUGGAGUGCACCAUGGUGGAGAAACGCGUGCUCGCGCUCAGCAGCAAACCACCUUUCCUCGUGCAGCUACAUUCCUGCUUUCAGACUAUGGAUCGACUUUACUUCGUGAUGGAGUACGUGAACGGCGGAGAUCUCAUGUUCCAGAUACAGCAGUGCGGCAAGUUCAAGGAACCCGUCGCUGUUUUUUACGCAGCGGAAAUCGCCAUCGGUCUAUUCUUCCUUCACUCCCGCGGGAUCGUGUACCGAGAUCUGAAACUGGACAAUGUAUUACUGGACCAGGACGGACACAUUAAGAUCGCAGAUUUCGGCAUGUGCAAGGAGGGCAUCACCGGCGACAAAACUACCAAGACCUUCUGCGGCACUCCUGAUUAUAUCGCGCCGGAGAUCAUCUUAUAUCAGCCGUAUGGCAAAUCUGUGGAUUGGUGGGCGUAUGGAGUGUUGUUGUAUGAAAUGCUGGUUGGCCAACCUCCGUUCGAUGGAGAAGAUGAAGAGGAACUGUUCGCCGCCAUCACAGAUAACAGCGUCUCUUACCCUAAGACUUUGAGUAAGGAGGCGAAGGACGCGUGCAAGUCGUUCCUGACGAAGAACCCUGCGAAGAGGCUGGGCUGUGCUCCGCGCGGGGACGAGGACGUCCGCACUCACGCCUUCUUCCGCCGCAUUGACUGGGCAAGGGUCGAGGCCCGCGACGUACAGCCGCCGUUCAAACCUAAAAUCAAACAUCGCAAGGACGUGUCCAACUUCGACAAGCAGUUCACACAGGAGAAGACGGAGCUGACGCCGACAGACAAACUGUUCAUGAUGAACCUCGACCAGACAGAGUUCAUGGGCUUCUCCUUCCUCAACCCUGAGUAUGUGCAGCAUGUCUGAGCACACGAAUGGAAAUUCUUUUCCCAGUGCUGGCUGCGACUUGGUUCUCUUCAUCUGUCGACUGUCUCUGUCACUCACACGACAGCACCUAUAUGCUGUCUCAUUCAUCAUAUUUCCUAUAUAGGUUAAUUUGAGACUGUCACCAUCUUUGACUAUUUGUUGAACUUAAAGAGGUUUAGAAGUCGUUUUAAGGAAGGUUUAAAGUUUGCUCAUUUCUUUAAUUUUUGGUUUUAUUUAUUACUCAUC